ACCGACCCUCACGGCAUCAACAGUGAUCUCGGACAAUGAUAAUACGAAUAACAAAAUCGGUGAAUGUGAUGAUUCUGAAACGAAAAACUAAAAUUUAAAACAUGCAUAUAUAGCAUUUCUGUAACAUAUCUUAUGAAAAUCUCGACCAUUUUUAUAAUCGCCUCGACCAGAAAAAACCAUAACGACUAUACGUGAAUUGCACUUGAAACACUGUGGAAUAUCACUAAUAGAAACCGAAUACAACGAAUAAAAUGUUGACUGCGAAAAAAUAUUCAACCAUACUGGAUUUGUGCCGUCGACGGAAAAACAUAGUAAACAGCUGCGCCUCAUAGGAAACCAAUAGUGUGAUGUGACCUACUGAUAAAUACUGGCAACUCACAAGUAGACAGAACGCAGGAUAUUUCAGAAAAAGCCAAGAUAAAAUUAAAGGAUGGGCUGCAAUACAAAGUGAAGGAAAACAGGUCAAACAUCGGAAAUGAAGACUAAGAAACUUGACACUUUGGAGAAGUACACCACUGUGGCUGUAAGAGCCAAAAUCUCCGUAGAAGUCGAACAGAGAAAACGCCUUGGGGCUUGGGGGAAGAGGGUCCUAGUGCUCGACGGGACUACGCUUUACGCUUACAAAACAAAGGGAGAUGGUGGAAGUGUGGGUGGCUGGGCAGUUGCUGGAGCUGAUGUCCAUGUCAGGCGAAGCAGUGACUCGAACAGGGAAGAUGGACGCCAUAUUCUCGUCAUUGCUCGUCCUCCGGUAUACAAGCUUGUAUUUGCUUUCUCAACAGUCUACGAACAAGCCAGGAUGAUACAGGCAUUAUCGUCGUCUGGAGCAACUGUCACCGGACUGGAUGCAAUCAUGCUUCUGAAAAAUCUACGACAACAACAAGAACAAGAGCAGAAAGAACAAGAGGAAAGGAACAGAGCUCAAAGCGCCCAGACAUCCGCAGAACAAGACGACGAGGAACACACGUCAGAAGAGCAUGGUCUGGGGGGACUGAACAAUGGCGAACCACCUCUAGAAGAGAAAGAAAAUGAAAAACCAGAAGACCUACAAGAAAUUGAUGAAUCGAUCUAUGAUCAAGGAACAGGCACUGUGACAAACCCAUUAUAUGUAUCUACCGAGGAUCUAAAGAAGGAAAAGCGCAAUCACCUGGAUGAUGUUUCAUCAGCCAUCUCGCCUUCCAUCAACACUUAUACGGGUUCAGACUCAGGGGCAUCACACUUCCCGGGGGCAUCCCCCGACAAAGAUUCAGAAGACAAGGUUAAUCCUGUUCCUAAGCCACCCCGGGUGAGCGUGAGUGAGGGAAGCCCUAUAAGCAGUUCCUCAGUGCCUGAUAGAGCUGGAAAUGAGAGGAGUGUCUGUAAGACAGAAGAGGAAGCCUCACUUCAACAGUCGGACUUUACAAGUGACAGAGUGCAGCAGUAUCUGUCAAGGGAUGUCAUCCCUAAACUUGUAGUGACAGAAGGAAGUAUUGAACAUGACGAUUGUUCCUCACAGUACAACAACAAAGAUAAUUUAAGUGAAAAUACAUUUUCAGAAACACCGAGCAGUUCUCAUUCUAGUUCUGAUGAAGACACCGAAGGUGAAGGUUUUUAUGAGGUUAAUCCUGACCCGCAAGAAGGGCUUGAUCUUCAAGAAACAAUAGCAAACCCAGAAGACAGCAGCGUUCAAAGCCAAGAUUUUGACAAUAAUUACGUUGAAUUAGUUAGCAAGAUGAAGUUAGAAAGAGGAUUAUCCAUUGAAUCUAACAGUGGAGGCUCAAUCAUUGAAGCUGAAUCACCCGAGCGAAUGAGGAAGCUCCUGGGAGAUUCUCCACUUAGCGACGAUUCCACCAAAAGUCCAUCCCCAGAUAAUGGGCCAUGUGAUAAAGAAACCUCUAAUGUGCUCUGCAGUGACAGAGGGUACAUUGGUAAACAAUAUAAAGGAGAUUCAAAGAUCUCAGCGGUGUCCGACGACAUCGUAAGUGAUAAUGACGAAAGGUUUGAGCAAUUAUACCAAGAAUUAAGUAGAAAUGGUAACAAUGAAACACAAAAUAAUGUGCAGACUAACGAUAACAUGAUUAACGACACUCCAAAUACCAUUCAGAGCCAAAAUGUUUCUGCAGAUGACGAAGAUUCACGGGAGAUAGACAAAAAGAACCAUCCAAAUGGAAGUGCAGAAGCUGCAAAUACAGAAGAAAAUAAGGAAGAAAUCAUUCAAGAAAAAAUUAUUCAUGAGGCGGCCAAAAUCGAGGACGAAGAAGAAAAUUACGGAAGCGCAAACCUCAAGAGAGUCAGUUCCAUUAUCAAGAAGAAAGGAGCUCCUAGCACCGGGAAAUCCAAAAAAGUUCAGUUUAACUUGGACGCAACUACAAUAGAACACAAGGCAUUCGAUCCACCAGCAUCAUCAGAGUCAAUAACGAAGAAAAAAUCAGACGACGGGCCAACAUCUCCAGCUAAGAAAAGGGGCAUUUUCUCUAACAUUUUUUCAAGUCCCUCCAAGAAAUCGGAUGCGGCACCGCCAAAAGAAGAGGCUAUAAAUAAAAAGAAUUUACCAUCUAAAAAAGAAGACAUCAGCAAAAAGGAUCUACCUUUAACAAAAGUGGACGCUAUUAAUAAGGAACUAUCUUCAAAAGUGGAAAGUGGCAAUAAAAAGGACCCACCCUCUCCAAAACUAGACAAGAACGGAAGUGUCAAAAAGACGCCUCCAGCAUCUCAUGGAAACUUGAAAAGACAGCCAACAGUUGAUUUAACAGCCCCUCUCAUUAUUUCAGGAUCCGUGGAGAUGGGAGGCAGCAUUAGCGGGAAGGUGUCCCCAAGACGCAUUGAGGUGCGAGACGGGCACGUGCUGGCAUUCAUGCCGAAAGCAAAUUCACCGACAUCGAGACUGUCUCUCGUCGGCCUCUCCGUUACCCCCUUGGUAGGAGGUGUACAUCCCAAUGCGCUAUCUCUCGCGAGAGCUAAUCGAUGCAUGAUGGUCAUCAAGCUAUCUACUCGUGAGGAAAUGAUGCGAUGGAUCAACGUCCUGUCCGAUGAAGUCAUCAAGUUGACUCCCGAGAAUCAGAGAAGAGGACUCAUCCUGUAUCCAUCGCCCCAAAAAGACGUUUCAAAGGACCAGAGCGCAGGGACCAGCGAGAACAGCAAAGAAUCCCAUGAAAAGGAGAACACGGCUAUUACACAUAACUUUGCAAAUGGACAUGAGGAAGCCCAAGCUGAAAAGGUCAAUGCUAAAAACAUAGAUUUAAAGAAACACAAUCAGCCUGAUGAUGAAGAAGCAGUUAACGGCAAUAAAUCGACAGGUGAAAUAGAUGAGGACACUGGUGAUGGAUGGUUCAAAAAGAAAAGGCAGAAUGUUGUCGAAGAAUUCGAAAUGAACGAACUGGAGAAAAACGAGCAACCAAGAAAUCCCUCGAUUAAAUCAAAUCACCAACUUCCGGUAUUAGACAGCUUAAAAGCUGAACAUUCUCAAGAGGAAAAAGACAGCGAGAAGACCAGAAAAAUUAACAAACUCAACAUACAAGAAAUAUGGAGGGAGCACAAAGACACAACGAAUGAAAAAGAGAUGAUCAAUUCCCCUAACAGAAGGCAGAGUUUAGAAAACAGACAGCACCCACCUCUCAGACGCCUUUCUGGUCAGGAUCACUUUAUAAAAACAAAACCUAACGGGAAUGAUGUGGUAGGGAACCACCCCUCCGUCAAUAAUCCCGCUAAACGGGACUAUCAUGCAAACUGCCACCCACCACUUGAACGGCUUAGUAAUCGCUGCCGUGUUCUGAGUGCAAGUGAAUCCAAUCUACGAAAAUCUAGUGAACUAAAAUCAUACCAUACCCAAAAUCUACAGAGGUCUGGAAGUGAACUAGUAUUAAUAGAAAAACCAAAGGAAGCCAAUAUUAACUUGGAUACUGGCACAAGUGAUGCCACAAAUGUUUUAGUAUCAAGCCGCAUAAUUCGUAACCAGUCGUACAUCAAUAAAAGCUUCUACCAAAAGGGCCCAUCGAGCGGAAUGUCACCAGCUGGCAGCCCAUCUCAUAACCGCUCCAAAAAAUCUGUGUCUUACGAGCCUCGGGAAGUCGAAAUCAUUGAAUCUAAAAAGACCGGCAGCCAAGAACUCCAAAAAGUUGAUGUUGUACAAUGGUAUGAAGAUAACAAAACUAAACAACAGGAUUUAGAACCAUCACAGGAAGACUUGCCUGGGAUAACCUGGUCAGUGGCUGCUACAAGGGAAAAGUUUGAAUUGCUUUGCUCUGUAAGUGGAGAGAAUAAAAGUGGAAAACUUACAACAAAAACACCCAUAUCCCGUAAGAAAUCUAUCAAGAAGAGGCGAUCCAUUGAAGGUGCACCUGGAAGACGAUCUAAUGCUCGAUGGAGCACAAGAUCCUCUUCACAGGAAGCCAAUGAUCUGUCUAAUUCUUCAACAACCUUACCAGCACACAUGCAAGCCAAUUCAGUCUCUGAUCGCACAACUGGCAAUACAAAUACUUCAUCCUCAAAUAAUGCUUAUGGUUUUAAACUCCCACCUGUUCGAGACCUCAGGAGAAACUUUGAGAAAGAUGUCACAGAUAGUUCUGAUUCCUUUUUAACUAACUCAUCUUCUUUGGAUUCAAUAAACAAUGUCAGUACAUUUAAUGACACCAACAAUGACGCAACAACACAGGAGCCUUCGAGUCCCCUAAAAUCCCCUUUGCGACGCACACAGAAUAUCCUUUACACUGCAAACAGCCCAUGUUCCUCACCGGAACCUGAAUUCAUCACUAGUAAACUCAUCAACAGCAGACCUAGGAGUAAUAUUCAAGAAGAGGACAAAGGUGUUGUCUCGCGUGCUCUUAUUAAUCAAGUAAACCCUGAAAGAGACAGUGAAGUUGUUAUUUGCUGGAGAGGACCCUACAUAGCACAGGACUCGGACUCGGGCCAAAAUACUGACCAGAGUGAGGAAAAUCCGAAAAAGGACCGGAAAGAACGAAAGGAAGCAGAACAAGCAGUGUUGUCAAACAUCAGCAACGCUUUCUUGGCAAAGCGCCGUUUACUGUCCAGAGAAGUGGCCACGGCCAGAAUACAGGAGAAGCUGUCUGCGUUGGAGGAAACCAUUUGGGAUAUUCAGGCCUCCUUGGCGGAACUCGAUAAACAAACCUCGUCAAUGAAUGCCAAACCAACAAACAAAUGGAAAACCUUGGAGAGAUCUCUGCAUGCAGCAGAAGAGGACAUGGCCUACUGGACGUCGCGCCUUGCACAGACGCAGAAAGAGGCUGAACAGGCCAGAGAGAAACUGGCGGCUGCUCUCGUUACGGGCCUGUCGCAGUACAACUCCGGAGAAACCAUCAAGCCUAAGCAUCGUCAGCAACUACUCAAGAAAUUCACGAAAGGCAGUUUCAAAAAUGAUCCCCAAGAAGAGGAGGAAGACGAGGUGGCGGAUGAGGAAAAUCAUUUAGACAAAGAGGAAGAAUCCUUUGCUUGAAAUCUACAGAACUAUAGCAAUCUUACUUAAUCCAUUUUCCAUGAAGGCGGCUUGGAAAAGCGAGAAAAGAGGGUUCAUGGGGGGAGCAGACAUAUUACCAAUUCCAUUAGUUAAGAAAAAGAAAAAACUGUGCCUCAAACUACAAUAUGCCUCGAAAUCAAAAGACAACAGACGAGUCAUUUUUAUAUAGUAUAUUAGUUUUCUUCGUUUAAUUUAGAAAAUGUUUUAGCGCCCUAAAUCUCGCUGUUUCUAGUCUCAAAUAGCUAACAUUUAAACCAGUCAUAAAUACAGGAAUUACUGUAAUUUUUUUUUUUUUUUUUUUUCAUUACAUCCGACUUAGCGUUAGUAGAAGCAAAGUGUCAGAUGUUAUUAAUUUACACUGGUGUUUAAAUAUCAAUGGCAUUAGUUUUUUUUUUAAAUAAACCUUGUUUCUCAGCAAGUGCCAAAGACAGACGAAUAAACGCAUGUGCUGACCUAAGGACAUGACCCUGAGCAAGCUCAAGGUGGCCUAAUCUGGAAUGACCAAAGGAUAGACAAACUCCUUGAUCGUUCAAUAAGUCAUGUGGUACUGUAAUCCUUAUGAUAGAUACUGAAUUAAUUACCACAUACACAAAAUUCACGUCUAUUCGUUCAAAUAAAUUAUAAAACGUGUUGUUGUUUGUGUGUACUUGCAAUGUUGUAACAUUUUUGUGUUGUCUUUAAUGUAUAUUUAAACAAAGUCAAGAAGAAAAAAUCGUUGUAACAUUUUAUUCAUUAUCAUUCACUUCAAAUGAAAUGUUUUUACGCUAAUUUAUGUAUAUUUUGAGUCGAAAAAUCGAUACAUAAUACGUACACAUCACGUAAGCUUUAUGUAUAUAAAUAUUUAAAAACAGGUUUGUUUAGACUCUUUCGCUAUUGUACCUAAAAAAUGGAUUCAUAUGUGGUUGCAGGUUAACUCCCACCGGAAACGACGUUCAUUGAUACAGUUACUUACUCCUAUCUCCAAAAAGAUAAUCCUACAUCUGAAAUUACUUCUCACUCAUGGUUUUACUGGACAUAAAAAGUCCUCUGUAUUAUAUAUUGUACUUACAUAGCAUAAUUUACUUAUAUACAUAGAGGUAACAUUUUAUACAUACAUACAAGUAAGUAUGAGUACACACUUCAAAUAAAUAGUAUAUAUAUUAGAUAUAUACAAAUAUACAUACAUACACACGCACACAUACACACACACACACACACAC